AUGAAGCUCAUCACAGAGGAUAUCAUCAGGGCCGUCAGAUCCUCCUCCUGCAGACAGGUGUUAAGCUCCGCCCUCCUCCACCUGUGGGAUGUGUUCUCAGCUCCUGCUCCUCAGGGCAGAAACCUUCUCACGCUGCUGGUUCUCUGCUUCAGCCUCGCCCUGCUGACCGGCCUCCUGAUGCUCCUCUGGCUCUCAGACUCCCUCAGAUACUCCUCACAAACCUGCCUGCUGACCUCCAGCAUCUACAGCGUGUCCAUCUUCCUGCUGUCCUCCCUGAUCCCCCCCCUGCGGUGCGUCCUCACCCUCUCCCUCCCCACCGUCUGCACCCGGCAGGGCCGAAAGCUCCUCCUCACGGCCUCCGUCAUGAUCCUGGUCCUCAACGUGAUCCCAAACAUCUCCUCCAACGUGGGCUCCGUCGCUCGAAUCCUGAAGUGCACGGCCGAGGGUUUCACCAGGACCCUUCUCAACUCCUCUGAACCUCUGAAUGCAGCCAAGAAAGACCUGGUCCUGGAGACCAUCAGAGUCCGGAGGGAGGACCUGAGCCUCGUGACCAACCUCAGAAAGUUGGAUCAAUUCACUCACGUUGAUUUGUCGGCAGUUAAAAACAGGUUCGGGGAAAUUAUCAUGUGUCUCUAUGUAGUCAUCAUGUGUCUCUUUGAAGUCAUCAUGU